ACGGAGAAUGGAAACUGAACCGUCACCCAAUGGUGUGGAGUCCAGUGUCAGCGGUUUCGGAUUACGCCCCUUCUCAAGUAGUCAGACGAGGAAUGCUGGUGACGUCAGUGGUGGUUAUGAUCACGUGUCCAAGAUGGCGAUGGAAACCCAGUUGUGGUGGCGCCUUCGUGAACAGGCGCUGAGAGAAAAGAGAGACAACUCGCUGCAUUGUGGGACGGUGGGGACUGGAGCUUUGGACUGGGUGAAGGUCCAAGCUGUGUCUGCUCCAGUGUUCUCUCUGGUCGGCGCCUUCGUGGCCAACUUUCAGGAGGAAUUUUACACCGACAGAUUUUCCCUGGAAGAGCGAGUUGUUCUCAAGCACUUGUGCACCGAGUGCAAGAUCGAGACAACUGACCAGCUCUGUAACAACGACAGUGUGGUCACACUCAGGAAGACAAGUGAGACUCUUUUUCCCACUGACCAAGUUUUCCAACGCGUUUUGAUGACCCUCCAACAAUCACAAACAAGGGUCAGGCUGGGACAAAGCUUCUGACAACUGAACGAUGACCGGAACCUGGGAACUUGACAUUCAGCUC